AUGGGCGACAAGCAGGCGCAGAGCACCAAUUUCAAGGAGGCCUUCUCCCUCUUCGACAAGCGCGGCAACGGCCGUGUCCAACUCGACUCCCUCGGCGACCUCCUGCGCGCAUGCGGCCAGAACCCGACUCUCGCUGAGAUCAAGGACCUCGAGAACCAAGUGGGCGGAGACUGUAAGUCGUACAACACCACACCAGCCUUCAUAUCUCCGUCACUAAUGUGUGCUGCGCAACGACAGUCGACUUCGACUCCUUCACCCGCGUCCUCAACCGACCCGGCGGUUUCCGCGACCCAGGCGAGCCCGAAGAAUACUGCCGCGGUUUCCAAGUCUUCGAUAAGGAUCUCACGGGCUUCAUCGGCGUGGGCCAGUUCCGGUAUAUCCUCACGAACUUGGGCGAGAAGAUGAGCGAUGACGAGGUGGAUGAGCUGCUGAAGGCCGUGGACACGAGUAGCGGAGAGCUGAACUACAUGGGUGAGUACGCGCGAAACACAGGCUGCAUACGGAGUGCUGACGGAUGAUCCACUGUAGAUAUGGUGAAGAUGAUCCUCGCGAAUUGA